GUGGAGAAGGUGUACAGCAAAAAUUAUUCAGAAAAGGAGGCUGGACUGAAACACCUGCACGACCUAUUGGCUAAUUACACACCUGAGGAGGCAGGGGUGCGGCCGGACAGGUACGUGAGAGGUGCUGUUGUAAUGGUGAGGCGUGGGCUCCGGGACAAGGUGUACAGCGUGGGUCAGAGGGCCGCGCACACUCUUCAACACAUUCUGUCUACCUUCAUAACACAGCAUAGAGUGUCACGCAAGGAGGUCAGCGCCAUCUUGGACCGUGCCCUUCCUGACCUGCUUGCCAAGACUGCUGACAAUGCCCCAAGGACACAGCAGUUAGCAUCUUCUGCUAUUUUAAAUCUGCUACAAUUCUCGCUAGAAAGGGGCGUGGGCAGCGUGGGUGUGGAGGUGACACGCCCACUUUCCAACACUGUGCAUCCACGGGCGGCGUUGUGCAGGGCGGGCGUGGUGGAGGCGCAGGUGGAAGCUAUGGGCGCGGAGGGGCUGCCAAAGGAGAAGGAGAGCGGAUUCACUGCCAAACAUGCCAUAGAGUUUGCGCAUUCAGCUUUUCGACACCAAAACAAGGACGUAAGGAAGGUCGGGGAGCGCCUGCUGUUACGCCUACACCAGGUUCACCCAAUGGCAGUUAGGAGGGUACUGCCACCCCCGGAUGAUAUACAAAGAAGGAGCGUUCAUUACAGAAAUCUUUUAGACCAGAUGGAUUCUAUUGAUGAUAAGCGUGAGGCCCCCGCCCCGCACCCAGGGAGAGGGGGCACCACUCCCCCCCACAAGACCAGCCCCCCCAACCACACCCCCCCCACGACCACCCCCACACCAGAACUCAAGAAGACUAGAGACCACCACCACCACCACCACCACCACCACCCUGGCCACGCCCGGAGCAGUGGGGGGAGUGAGAGUGAGGGUGAGGUGACCCCAAAGGCUUCAGUGACCCCAGACGAAGAAGUGCGAGGAAGGGCGUUGUCAAGGCUAAACGGAUCUUGCCUUGACCUCUCCCAUGACCUCGCCUCUCCCAUUGACCCCGAUGAUAGGACGUGUAUAUUCUGUGGCACGUAUGACCCCGCCUUCACGGACGAGGGUGGCCUUGACCUUCACUACUGGCGGGCGUGUCCCAUGCUGACCCGGUGCACCCACUGCAGGCAGGUGGUGGAGGUGGCGGCGCUGACUGCACACCUACUGGGUGAGUGCGCCUCCUCCUCGCUGUACAGACGGUGUGAGCGGUGCUGCGAGGCCAUAGCUAAGAAGGUGUUCCAGACGCACUCCCUGGCCAAAACCUGCAUACCGUGCCGCCCAGAGCCCCUAGCAAACCACUGCCCACUCUGCCACGCCAACAUCAGCCCAUGGGACGAGGGCUGGCGGGAUCACCUCCUGCCGGGGCCUGACGCCUGCCCCAGCAACCCCCGCGUCUGGCCAGGUAAAGGGUAG